AGUGGUCUGCUGAUGUAGCCGGUCUGGAUCGCAGUCUCCCGGCCCGCCGUGAUCCUUCUUCUUCUCCCCCGCCUCGUCGUCACUUCCAGCCGGGCCGCUGACGGCGCUCAGUCCGGCUCUGAAACCAUGGAGCUCCGAUCGAUCUUCCCAGCGCUGCUCUGCCUCUCUGCCGCCGCUCUGCACUCGGUGUCCGGCGCCUUUUCACGAAGAGGACCGAAGGUCACCGAGAAGGUGUUUUUUGACAUCACAGUGGGAGGUCACGAGGUGGGGCGCAUCGUCAUUGGUCUGUUUGGAGAGGUUGUCCCUCUUACUGUUAGCAACUUUGUCGCCCUGGCAACAGGAGAGAAAGGUUACGGCUACAAGGGGACAAAGUUUCACAGAGUCAUCAAGGAUUUUAUGAUCCAGGGAGGAGACUUCACAGCUGGAGACGGAACCGGAGGUCACAGCAUCUAUGGUACAACAUUUGCAGACGAGAACUUUAAACUGAAACAUAUAGGAGCUAGCUGGGUGAGUAUGGCCAACGCUGGUCCGGACACCAACGGCUCUCAGUUCUUCAUCCUGUCCACCAAAGCACCUUGGCUGGACGGGAAGCACGUGGUUUUCGGCAAAGUUCUGGACGGGAUGGCUGUCGUUCACACCAUCGAGCUUCAGGACACCAACGACAGAAACCUGCCGUACACCGAAUGCGUCAUCGUCAACAGCGGCCGGAUCCCGGUCAAAGAGCCAUUCGUGGUGGAGGUGGAGGGCUGGUAAACACCGUAUUCUGGAGGACAGACACUGAAUAUCAAUGUGAAACUCCAUUUCAGUUAGUGCCAAAUUAAUUUUUUCAAUUCAUUUGUAUAAUUUAACAGUAAUGCUAACACAUUGGACAGGAUAUAUGUUUGGAUUUUCUUAGAGAAACUUAGUUUUUCAUUUGAGCUACUAAAAAAGUGAAACUAUUCCAACAAUGGAUUAAAUGCAAGCAAGCUAGCAUAAUAGACACAUCACUGAAAAGCUAACUAAAUCCUAGCUAAUGUUAGCAUGUUUACAUGAUCCAAAGGUAUGCUAGCCUGCUAGCUGUGGGCUAGAUGUUACCACAUGGAAAAGUGGGUGAGCUAGCAAAUUUAGAAUCAGUGUUGUGUAGGUUUGGCCUUCAUAUUAACUAAUUUGACACAAAUUCACAAAUUAUUCAUGCUAAUAUAUCAAAUCAUAUCAAGGAUGAAUAUUAUAAAACAACUUUUUAAAUGUUUGUAAAAGUUUAGUUAAAACCAUGUAAGGCAUCAUAAUACAGUUCCCAAAUAUUUCUCUCUAUUUCUGUUGUCAAAUACCAGAAUAAAAAGAAACUGAAAUUCAGACUGAAAAAUUUGAUCUUUGCAUUACAGUCACACUGAAAGCACUACUGGCUGUUUUAAUAUUUAAUCCCUUAAUGUUUAUAUAUUUAAAAAAAACAUUUUAGUUGUUGAGCAGGUAUUAAAUCAAAUACUAAUAGAUUAUGAACAACCAAUAUAAAUUAUUUAUGAUGCAAAUCAGCGACAUUAGGCAUCAAUGGGUUGAACAAAUGAUUAAAUUUUCUCAUCAGGAAUUAUAGGACUCCUGGUAUGUGUAGAAAAGGCAUCAACAGGCAAUUUGGCUGCAUUAAGCCCCAAAAGGACUGAAGGUAAAGGGCGUGAAAAUAUAAACUCCAUUUGUGAAAGAGCCUAUUUACGCACAACACUGGUUGGAACGUGACAUACUAUCUACACGUUAUGCAGUUGUGUUAUUAAUAAAAGAGUAAGCAUGUUUGUAUAAAAAAUAGGGUUUUAUUGAUGCAUGUUAAUUCAAUUUUACUGAUCUACCAGAUUAUGAUACUUUAUUAUUCUCAUAUGUUCCCAUAAGAUUUUUAUUUCCAAAAUCUGAACAGAAACAAUCUAGAAACCUAUUGCAUUGGACACAAAUUACAAUAAAUUUUAGUAAUAUAUGUGAGCACAUAUUCAACCAAUGUCACCAGUUAGUUUUAUUUAAUACUAAUUUAUCAGGUUCUCUGUAGUUUAUGUUGGCAUGCGUGUAUAUUUAGUAUCUUUGUAAACAUAAAAUAGGCUGUUUUACUUUUUUACAGAGGAUAUUAUUAUAAAUGCAGAGAUGAUGCUGUGAAAUAAUAAAACCCAGAGUUGUAGCUCUCUGUGCCAAAUCGUUCAGCUCUAUGAAACACAUCUUAUGCACUUAAUCUGAACAUAUGAGACUUUCAAUGCCUGUUUUUAACUUUAUGCCAAAAAAACCCAACUCAGUAGCAAGUGUCAAAUGUUGUUGUAGCAAAACCAUUUUCAUUGCAUUUUCAAAAGGUUUAUGCAUCAUAUCAUGUUUACUAAAACUACAGCACAAAUUUGCAUAAGUGAAUAUUAAAUAAUGUGGAAUGAGUGAUGAUAAUUUUAUUGCCCUGUCAGUACUGAUAUUAACUGUUGCAUUAUGUCAAUGACUGUGAUCCUGUUGGAUAAGUUGACUGUUAUUUUUAUCCAGCUGUCUUUAUUACCUGAAAGACUUGUUGUAGCAUUAAAUGCAAACAAUGCUUAUCCUUAUAUUGAAUCUUAUGCAGAAUUUAUCAGAAGAGCAAAGUGCCAACCAAUGAUGUUUUUCUACAAUAAAACUGUGGAUUAUUCUAAAAUGA